AUGUGCAACACAUUUCCAAAUGUUUAUUUUUUAACACUCGUCAUCGUCGUGUUUGAAUCGAUAAUUGCGGUUGUGUUCGCGAUUUUAUCAAUAAUUGGAAACACGUUGAUUAUCGCAGGGUUUUGGAAAAGCAAGACAUUAAGAACUAUUCCAAAUCGGUUAGUGGUGAAUCUAUCGAUUGUCGAUGUACUUUCUGCCAUAACAACACACCCUUUACUUGCGUCGGUAGUGAUUGAAGGGGCUUGGCGAUUUGGAGACGAAGCUUGUAAAUACCAAGCGAUUUUAAACUCUUUUCUAUUCAUAACGUCACAUUUUAGCAUAGCUCUGAUAACCCUUAAUCGGUAUUUCGUUAUUGUUCGUUACAAAAAAUAUACCGAAGUCUUUACCAAACGUUUAACACGUGUUUUUGUAGCCGCCAUUUGGGUCUUUUCAUCGUUUCUUGCUUCCACGCACUUCGCGGCGCAAGACAAAGCGAAAUUUCACGCCAAAGAAGCCUUUUGUAUUAUUUCCAAGGAGAAGUCUUCAAUUGCGUCGCUCAUAAUAACUGCGUUUGGAAAUAUCGCUUUUCUUACAACAGUUUUCUUGAAUUUUGCGAUUCUGAAACUGGUUCGCUUGCAUCGGAGUAGAGUAUCUGUUUCUUUCAAUAGAAACUCCUUCUUCGCGAAAGUUGCUAGACGCGAGGCACAGGGGAACGCCGGAAAAUCGUGCGCGAUUAAGAAGCAAGGAAUCCUGGCGAAUAAAAACGAAGAAUUCUACAUCGCAAGAAAGGUUGUCAUCGUGACAAGCUUGUACACUUUAUGUUGGCUUCCUCAAGGAAUAAUAAAAAACGCCAGCCUGGCAAAUCAGGAUUUCUCACGGGAGAUCUGGAUGGCAUCUACAUUCUGUAUGCAGCUGAGUUCUGUCUUAAAUCCAGUGCUUUACGGAUUUCUCAACAGAAAAGUGAAGAAAGCCGUUUUUGGUAUGUUGGGAAUUGGAGUUUGCAAACGAAUUCAUGUCACUACGACAGAUCGAGAAAUUACUUCAAGACAGCUGAGAUUGAAAAACACUUUCACUGUGAUUCAGGCCCUCGAUCAAGUUAAGUGCAACGACGUCGUCCCUGUACGCCUGGAGUGAAGCGAAAUGAAAUGAAAU